AUGGCCACCACUAUUGCUACAAUGGGUAACUCGGUUGGAUUGGAAGAAACUACCGAAGUGGUCGAAUAUACUGAAGUUAUCGAAGAAGUUGUUCACUUGGAACACUCUGAACACUUGGAUACUGUUGAAGAAGAAAUCGAUGAAACCCAAGUUUCAAAAGAUGAAAAACAACAACAGCAUCAAAAUGUUGAAACUUCCGAUCUUCCCUCACAGGCAGAGCAAGUGGAAGAAUUUAGUUCACAUCAUGAAGUAACUAAACAUUCUGAAACUACUGGUAAAGGCGAAACCUUGGUUGAAAAUAUUAAAAUUAUUGUAGAUACCGAACGAACUCAACCUUCCGAGGUUGAUAAAGAAACUGAAAAAACUGAUUCCGAGCAAACUGAUAAAGUUAUAGAAUCUCAGUCUCAACCGCAAUCAAUGUGCGAUUAUGAAUCAGAGAAUCACCACGAGUCUGAAACUCAACACGAAAAUGUUUCGUUAUCCGGUGAAUCGAAUGCUACGGAAACAAAAUCUGAUCCCGCAGAUCCUCUGACUCCUCCAAAAAGUCCAACCGAUGAAAAGGAAAAAGAAAAGUCGGAAAAAAAGAUUACUACUAAAGUUAUCACUAGUAAAAUCGCAAAAACUGCUUCUAAUUCAAAACCUGCACCAGGAACGCGCUCCUCUAGUACUUCUAGUAAUUCGAGAACUCCAUUGACCCCUAAAAUUCCCAGCAGUCCUACCACGGCUAAAAUGUCAACAUCAUCUAAAACUAAUUCUGGUUUGACCACAAAGAGUCACGCUUCGAAGACUACUACCGCCAAAACCUCUUCGACAAAACCUACUGCUCCAGGACUUGCUCGAAAACCAUCGCUUAAUACAACAACAACAACUACUAGUAGUGUUGGAGGUUCGACAAAAAAGACAACCGCUUCAACAUCUUCUAAAACCACAAAAGCAAAAGCUGCCCCCCCUGCCACUACUACAUCUGCAAAAACGACUUCUACCAAGACUAACGGUGUUUCUGCAAAGACUAAUGGUGUUGGUGCUGUAGCUAAGGUUGCUUCUUCCAUUGAUGUUAGUCUUAAAGAGAAGACCGAAGAACUUACACGACUUCUUGAAGAAAAAGAUAAUAUCAUAAAGUCAAGGCAAGAAGAACUAGAUGCUUUAAAAGCUAAAUUAGAAAAGGGACAUGAUAGUACUAGUGAAUCUGUUGAACAACAAGAUCAUCAUUUGGAAGAGUUAAAAAAGGCUCAUGAAGAAGAAACUCAAAAGGUAAUCGAAAAAGAUGUAGCAAUUCUUGCCAAAGAAGCCGAAAUUGCUAGACUUCGUGAAGAGAUUGCAUCUUUAAAAGAGAAUAUUAAAUCUUUAAACGAAGAAAUUGAGAAACUCAAAAAUGAUCGAGAAGUAAAAUUGGCGCAACUUGAAGAGGAUCACACUAAAAUAAUCAAGACUCUUAAAGGUAGCCAUGAUUCAGAACUUGCAGAUUUAGUUCUAAAAGUUGAAGGCGGUGAAGCUAUUGCUAAAGAACUUAAAAACUCAAGAUCUGAAUUGGAGGAUGUCAAAAAGAGUCAUAGUGAGCAAUUGAAGGAGUUAAAUACACAGCAUGAACUUGCUCUCGAACAAGUUAGAGAGCAUGCAAAGAAUGAAUUUACGGCAACUUUGGAAUCUGCUCAAGGAGGAACUGCCGUUGCUGUUGAAGCAUUAAAGAUCAAACAUUCGGAUGAAGUAAAGAAAAUUGAGGAUAAACAUUCUCAAACUUUACAAAAACUUAAUAAUGAGCACGAUGGAGCGAUAGAGAAAGCCAAGAACGAAAUUCAGUAUGAUCUCAAUAAAAAAAUUGAACUCCUUGAGAAAACUCACUUGAAAGAGUUGAAUACUAUUACAGCUAGGCGUGAUGCAAUAAUCCAAGAAAUGGCUUCUCAUAAAUCUCAACAUUCUCAGGCCAUUGAGGAUCUUAAGAAUAACCAUGUUCAAGAAAUUCAAAAAUAUGAGGCCGAAAUAGCGGCACUCAAAGCCACCCCACAAAAUCAUAGUGAAUACGAAAAUGAAAUCGCUCAACUCAAAGCUACCGUUAAAGAAUUAGAAUCUCGUCAUAAAACUCAUCUCGAGGAAAUGAAAAAUCGUCAUGCUCAAGAACUUGAUGAAUCAAAAAGUACUCAUGUUGAAGCUUCCGUAAUCGACAAACUGAAUGCAGAUCAUGAUAAAGAAUUACAAAAAUUAAAAGGUAUCCAUGCUGAAGAAUUACAAAAAACAAAAAAAGAACUUGAGGAAGAAAUUGCAAAAAUCACUUCAAAUCGGCUCCAGAGUAUUAAAGAGCUUAAAGAAUCCCAUAGCAAAGACAUACAAGACACGAUCAAUGCUAUUGAGAAAGAAACAAAAGAGAAAGAAGCAGCUUUAUCGUCAGAAAUGGCAAAAGUUCAAAGUGAAAUGGAAUUAAUGAUUAAAGAAUCUACAAAAAAACGAGAGGAAGCCGAAGCUAAAGUUGAGGCAUUAGAGUUAUUGAAAAUUGAACAUCAAAAUGAAUUGGAAAGAUUACUAUCCGAGACUUCUUGCGAACUUAAUGAAUUGCGUGAUAAAGUUGCAUCUUACAAAAAACAAAUUGAGGGUCAAGAAACCGAAAUGAAAGUGAUCAACGAGAAAGAGUACGAACAAAGCCUUGCUAAACAAGAUGAACAAUUUCGAAUCCUUUUUGAAAGCAAAGAAAAAGAGAUCAAAUCGAAAUUAUCAGACGGAAAUUGUACAGAUCUUGAAGAAUUGCAUCAAGCCCAUAAUGCAAAAAUAGAUGAACUUUCUAAAGAAAUAAGUUCACGAACCAUGGAAACCGCAUGGCUUGAAGCAGAUGCUGAAAAACAAGACCAAAAGAUUGAGGAACUCGGUAAGGAGAACGAGACGUUAAAGGAGGAAAAUGAUCGGUUGAUCAAGCUGAUUCAUCAAUAUCAAGAAAAAUUAAUUAGUCAAUCUUAA